GGCACAUUGCCCUCUAAUUUACAGGUUCACAUUAGUUGUUGGCAUGGGACUCAUAAUGGCAAACACACUCUGGCUAUUUCCAAAGCAGUUAGUUCUGUUUUUACUAGUGGAAAACUUAAUAUCUCCUACUUUUUCACUUACUUACAGCACUGGCACAGUGCAACAACUUCCAAUCCAACUGCCACAGUUUGGGGAUCGUCUACCUUUUAAACAGCUUCAACUUCCCCAACAAACAGUUUCCAGACCAGUUGGAUUGGAAACGGUCGAUGUGAAGUGCCAUUCAGACUACAUGGAGAUAGUUGUGAAGGCUGAUCUGUUUAAACUCGGUAUUCUUAUUGACAUGGAUGACCUGCGACUUGGAGUUGAACAGGACCAAGAGACCUGCAGGGCUACAGCAGCCGGAGAAGAAUACAGAAUAUUUGCAGCGCUAUCAGACUGUGGAACCAAGCGUCUGAUGAACAAAGACUCCAUGAUCUAUACAAACCUCCUCAGAUAUACACCCAGAGCCACACCAGAUGGGGUUAUUCGAAUGGAUGGUGCUGUAAUCCCAAUUGCUUGUCAUUAUGAAAGGAAGUACAGUUCAGACAGUGCCCCUCUCCAGCCGACCUGGAUCCCCUUCAGCGCCACAGUGUCUGCCGAAGACAACCUGCAGUUCUCCUUGAAACUUAUGACAAGUGACUGGCUCUAUGAGCGGGGUUCUAGAGUCUACUUCCUGGGUGAUCCCAUCAACAUUGAGGCGUCUGUCAGGGUAGCUCACCACUCCAGGCUCAGGGUCUUUGUUAGCAGCUGCGUGGGCACACUGGACCCAGACAAUAACUCUUUCCCCAGAUAUGUCUUCAUUGAGCAUGAUGGGUGCUUGGUGGAUUCCCAGCUGCCUGGCUCCAACUCUGGGUUCAUGCAUAGAACCCAGGAUGACAAGCUCCAGUUCCACAUUGAUGCCUUUAGGUUCUACCAGGAGAACAGGGCAGAGCUAUACAUCAUAUGCCACCUUAUGGCAAUCCCUGUCAUGGACCAUGCAGAACCUAGCAACAAGGCAUGCUCCUUCAUUAAUGGCAGAUGGAGGUCUGCCGACUCAAAUGAUUUGCAAUGUGGCCGUUGUCCAAGCCUGAAUAGCCAGAAGGGGGUUGAUCACGAUCCAGCACGAUAUCCCCUCAGUCCAAGACAAGGCGGUAGCCAACCUCGUGGCUACCGCAUCAAACCUCAAGCCACUGGCGACCAUUGGCGGAGUGGGAUUAAGUCCAAGAAAGUAUGGAACCAGGAUGUUACUCUGGGCCCCAUAAUGGUUACAACCAAACAGAGGACACCUUUAUCUCCAACGACGAGGGAAGGGAUCGCUAUAUAUGGCUUCCCUUCUCCAACUGAGGACAGGAGGCCCCUAUCACCUGGCAGUCGUUGGAAGAGGGGAAUGGACUUCAAGAGGGGAUUUCUUAACCAUGAGGUGCUGGUCAAAGAGCUGGAGCCUACCCCAGACCGUGAGUUGAAUCCUACACCUGAGCCCAUUGGAGACCUUGGAGAGGACAAGGAUCUCUAUACAAUUGGAACUCAUUGAAAGGCUGGCACACCUAGCUGGAAUCGUUCAAUUCUGCCUCCAGGACAAGACUCAUCCCAAUUGCCAGUAUCACUUGUACAUGUCAGGUGAACAAUGCUGAAAAGGGGCACUCCAACAGUGAAGGGACUACCACUGUACCACAACACUAAGGAGACAUGCGCUCAUCAGAACUCUAAAAACAAUGAACACAAGGGAUGACUGUUAACCUUGAAGAAUAAAUUAUUUGAAGAUA